AGGCAAACUGUAAUUUCAAACUACAAUUUCAGAUUUGUUUAUUUUGACGAUAUAGUUGCAUAGUUUGUUUUCUAAACCGCUUAGAAGCACUACAUCCUGACAUGUUGACUAAGACAAUUCUUAUUUGGGCGGCUAUUUUGCUCACUGUUUUUAUUUCGACAGGAAAUUGCAGGUUGACGGAGAAGCAGGUGGCGGCAGCUGUAAAACUGGUGAGAAAUAUGUGCAUGGGGAAGUCCAAAGUUAAUCCAGAAGACAUCGAAAAAAUGCAUCAAGGCAAUUGGGAUGUUGAUUAUGAAGCUCAGUGCUAUAUGUGGUGUGGCUUUAAUAUGUACAAAAUGCUUGACAAGGAGAAUCAUUUUGACAAAAAAUCUGCGCUGCAGCAAAUGGAGCAACUUCCAAUCGACCUGCAAGAUUAUGUCAUUAAAUGUAUGGGCCAAUGCGAAAAUGCAGUGACAAAUUUCGACGACAAAUGCGUGGUUGCAUUCGAAUACUCCAAAUGCCUGUAUUUCUGUGAUCCAGAGAAAUACUUCCUUCCAUAAACGGUGUGCCGAUAGAAGAUAUUAAGCAAAUAAAUAUGAAGAGACAUGGAAAAUUAUAAAAUUCAAAAUUAUUCGAUACCCAUAUUUGUCAUGCGUAGAAAUAACAAUAAUAGUGUUAGAGGUGGUAAUAGAAAUAUCUGAGUUACUAGUCAGGAAAUAAAAUUAGUUUAUCGAA